CGGGGGUCCGGGGCUAGAGGCGCCGAGUCCCAGCUCCGAUGCCCGAAGCAGAGCACAGCCCCGGUGUCCCUGCAGCAGCGGCCCUGGGCCGGACAGUCAUAGACCACCUGUGACCCUGGUGGAAGCCCAGCUCAGUGAUACCAUGGCUCACUUUGAUACAGAGUACCAGCGGCUGGAGGCCUCAUACAACGACUCUCCCCCUGGAGAAGAGGACUUGAUGGUGCAUGUUCCUGAGGGCGGCAAAUCUCCUUGGCACCACAUUGAGAAUCUGGAUCUUUUUUUCUCUCGUGUCUAUAACCUGCACCAAAAGAAUGGCUUCAACUGCAUGCUCAUCAGUGAGAUCUUUGAGUUAAUGCAGUUCAUCUUUGUUGUGGCCUUCACCACAUUCCUCAUCAGCUGUGUCGACUAUGACAUCCUUUUUGCCAACAAGCUGGUGAAUCACAGCCAGCAUUCCAGUGACCCAGUUAAGGUGACCCUGCCAGAUGCCUUCCUACCUCCUAGCGAGUGCAGUGCCAGGAUUCAGGCCAAUGGCUUUCUGCUCUCUGUCCUGGUGAUCGCAGGGGUCUUCUGGAUCCAUCGACUAAUUAAGUUCAUCUACAACAUUUGCUGCUACUGGGAGAUCCACUCGUUUUACAUCAGUGCUCUCAAGAUUCCUAUGUCCAAUUUGCCCUACUACACAUGGCAGGAGGUGCAGGCACGAAUUGUGCAAAUCCAGAAGGAACAUCAGAUCUGCAUCCACAAGAAGGAGCUCACAGAGCUGGACAUCUACCACCGCAUCCUGCGUUUCAAGAACUACAUGGUGGCCAUGGUGAACAAGUCGCUGCUCCCUGUGCGCUUCCACCUGCCCCUGCUGGGUGAUACAGUCUUCUAUACACGUGGCCUCAAGUACAACUUUGAACUUAUCUUCUUUUGGGGCCCUGGCUCACUCUUUGAGAAUGAGUGGAGUCUCAAGGCUGAAUACAAGCGGAACAGCAACCGCCUAGAGCUAGCCGAGAAGCUGGGCACUCGCAUCCUGUGGAUUGGCAUUGCUAACUUCCUGUUGUGCCCACUUAUUCUCAUCUGGCAGAUCCUCUAUGCUUUCUUCAGCUACACCGAGAUUCUCAAGCGAGAGCCAGGCAGCCUGGGUGCCCGCUGCUGGUCCCUCUACGGCCGCUGCUACCUGCGGCACUUCAACGAGCUGGACCAUGAGUUGCAUUCUCGCCUCAGCAAGGGCUACAAGCCAGCUUCCAAGUACAUGAACUGCUUCAUUUCACCCCUGUUCACUAUUGUGGCAAAGAAUGUGGCCUUCUUUGCUGGCUCCAUCCUUGCUGUCCUCAUUGCUCUGACAAUUUACGACGAGGAUGUGCUUGCUGUGGAGCACGUCCUCACUACGGUCACAAUUCUGGGUGUGGCUGUUACGGUCUGCAGAUCCUUCAUCCCAGACCAGCACUUGGUGUUUUGUCCAGAGCAGCUGCUUCGUGUGAUUCUGGCACAUAUCCACUACAUGCCUGACCACUGGCAGGGCAAUGCUCACCGAUAUGAGACCCGGGAUGAGUUUGCACAGCUCUUCCAGUAUAAGGCGGUGUUUAUUCUGGAAGAGCUGCUCAGCCCCAUUGUGACCCCCUUGAUCCUCAUCUUCUGUCUGAGACCCAAAGCUCUGGAGAUCAUUGACUUCUUCCGCAACUUCACCGUGGAGGUGGUGGGUGUGGGGGACACUUGCUCCUUUGCUCAAAUGGAUGUGCGACAACAUGGACACCCUGCAUGGAUGUCAGCUGGGAAGACAGAAGCUUCCAUUUACCAGCAGGCUGAGGAUGGCAAGACAGAACUAUCCCUCAUGCACUUUGCUAUUACCAACCCACACUGGCAGCCACCACGUGAGAGUACGGCCUUCAUUGGUUUGCUGAAGGAACGUGUGCACCGUGACAGCAGCCUGGCACUGGCUCAGCAAGCUGUCCUCCCUGACAACGCGCUCUUCACCUCCAUCCAGUCCCUGCAGUCGGAAUCAGAGCCACACAGCCUGAUUGCCAAUGUGAUUGCAGGCUCCUCGGUUCUGGGUUACCAAACCGCCCGUGAUGCACAGGCCUCACGGCAUCUCUCUGCCGUUUCCGAAGUGGCAUCUGCCCUGCGUUCGUUCUCUCCUCACCAGUCUACUCAGACAACCCACGGGAGUUCCCAGGCUGACGGCCCUCAAUCUCGAGGCCCUUGCACAAUGUUGGGCUCUGGGACUGAUGCCCGAACAGCUAGCUCUGGCAGCAGUGCCUGGGAGGGUCAACUCCAGAGCCUGAUCCUUUCAGAGUAUGCCUCUACAGAGAUGAGUCUGCAUGCGCUCUACAUGCAUGAGUUGCAUAAGCAGCAUGCGCAGUUGGAGCUUGAGCGGCACUUGUGGCAUCGGCGGGAAAGUGAUGAGAGUGGUGAAAGUGCCCAGGAGGAGUCCGAGGCUCACCAGAGCACCCCAAUUCCUCGGUCUGCCAGCUAUCCUUUUGCCUCGCCUCACCAGACUGGAGAGGAGACAGCUGCCCUGCAAGCGAGCUUUCAGCGCCGAUACGGUGGUGUCUCAGACCCUGGGACGAUCCACAGGGCCCCGUCGCACUUUGCUCGGCUGCCACUAGGAGGCUGGGCUGAGGAUGGCCAGCCUGCUCGACACCCAGAGACUGUCCCAGAGGAGAGCUCAGAAGAUGAGUUGCCGCCUCAGGUACACAAGGUGUAGCUUUGAAGGCUGAAGAUAUUAUGGGUGUUCCAGACUCUGGGCCCACCUCGGCUGGUGUGACACUGGGUUACUCUGCCUGGCAAGCCAUGGGUUGCUAGUGUCUAUGUCUUGGACGUCAGCACCAGAGGGGAAAAGGUGUGAGGUCAACAGUGCCUUUGUGGUGGAUGGAACUCUAUCCAGACAUGCAUCAUGCAAAUGACACUCUAGCUGUGCAUAGGCUGGAUGUGUGUGUGUGACUCCAUAUAUAUGUCUGUGUCUACAUCCAUGUCAUCCAUGUCGGAGAAUCAUCCAAGACCUGCACAGAAGGCUGCAGAGCACAUAAAAAGGGGAUUGGCAGGUGCUCGCCCUGCCUGAAGUGUUCCAUGGUGGAAGUAUGGACCCCAGUCAAAGGCAGGAACAGCUGUAUCCCUGUCCAGACCGUAAUACAAUUAAAGAUGCAAUCAGGAGAGCGAUUUGGACUCAGGAAAAGAAGGGCUUUGAGAGAUUUUUUUUAAACAAAGAUGGGGCACAGAUUUUCUUCAGUGGUCAAGUUUGCUUUAGUCAAAACUUGUCAGAAAAAGGUGUGUAUCUCUCCCCUCUGAAUCCCAGUCAGAAGGAGAAUCCCUGAAGUUCCACUACCACCCUUUCCCAUUACAGGAACAGCCUGCCUAUGGAUGUGAUAGGUUCCGCUCUGCUUGGAACCUCGUAAAGUUCAUGUGAACAGCCGGUCUCUCUUACCGUAUCAAAGCACAGGCUCUAAACAGGGUAGUUUGAGCCAGUUCCUGAAAUGAUAUCUAUUUUUACCAAAGAACACCUAGCACAAGAGCCCUGUUCUCCAGAAGGGGACUUUAUUCUGUUCUGAGGAAGCGCCUUGCUCUCCCUUUGCUCAUCCGGCAAAGGCAUAAAAUGGAGUGUGAGGCUCUGGGCCCUGUCCUGUAGUGUUCUCGUGUGUAUGGGGGGAGGGAUGGAGGCCAUAUUGGUCGCCCCAUCAUAUUUCCACUUAACCCCCUUCCAGUAUCCUGAUAAGGUUCUUCUGCCAAUGAAUGCUACCUCUUUUUUGUGUGGGGUGCUUUGAUGAAAAAGCAUCCAGCUGUCAUGGAAGCGCCAGCAGGAAAAGGGAUAUUACAUGCCAAAAAAAUUAAAAUAAAAGCUGUCAGUAUCUAUGAUCCAGGGAAAAGGUGGAGUUCAAACUCUCAUGAAAGGAGAUGAUUUUUUUUUGUGUGCAUCACAGAGGUUCAUUUGGUUUCACAAUCCUUGCAUUUGAUCCACUGCCCUUCUACAUAUUUUUGUGUACUACCGUCCCAGCACAGCAGCAUGCAACUUUCUCCUUGGCAUAGCAAAGUUCAGGAGGAAUCCUUUCUGAGCAGCCUGUAAACAGCAUUAUAUCCGUGGAGGGUGUGGUAAAAUUCAGCCAAUCAAUGCAUUGGACAGUGCUAUCCAUCUUUCACAGCUACAGGUCUCCACAAUCCUGAACAAACCUGUAAUUUAACUCCUCCUGCUGUCUUGGCCUGAACUUUGAACACUUUUUACAAUAGCUGCUGCAUCUCCCACAGCUACUUACCAAACCACAAGCUACUUAGUGUGGGACAAGGGAUUAAGUAAUAUGGAAACACAGGUGUUGUUGCUGUAGUCGGUGCAUAGGGCUGACUUUUAAAGCAGCAAUACUCAUUUGGGAGUCAGGACUUUUGAGUUCCUGGGGACUGAUUUCAGGUGCUGGUUUUCUGCAUCCCAAAAGGAGUCUCUUCAUAGUGUGACUCUUUUCUACUUAUGGCAGUACCUUAAAGAAGAAAUGAUCCUUUGUGUUUUUAGGGUGGGUGUGAAAGUAAGGCUACACCAGAUUGUUCUAAGACACUCUUCAGGCAAAAAGUUUAAGUACAUAAAGAGAACUUUGCUGGAUCACACCAGUGGUCGAGCACUCUGUUUCAUACAGUGGCUACCUUGGAGGCCCAAGAAACCGGGCAUAGGUUGAACUAGGGCUGUGGGUUCUUCCUUGCCCACACUUCCGUUGAUUACUGGAGUAUUUUAAGGAGUUAGGGAUACCUAUCGGUAUAGCAUUCCCCCCCUUCCCCAAGCACACAUUGCAUUUGGACCCCAGAAAAGUAGCAUAGCUUAUCAGAUUGCAGCCUUGAUCUUUACUGGCCAUGAUCUACAGAGCACCUGCCCUGGGCAAUGAUUACCUUGCUUGUUCCCAGUGGAAGUGCUUACAGCCUUGGACUAGCAAUGACAAAAGGAAGCAUUCUAUCCAAAACUAUGGGGCGGGGUUUGCCAGCUGCCCUGUAUUAUACUUGUUUUUGUCCCCUCUGUGUGUGCAUGGCACAGCCACCUUGCUGCCUCCUGUUCUGUUUGUGGCACUAGAAGGGCUGGGCUGUGACUCUGUAUGUGGAGCACUGCGAGUGGUUUGUAAACCAGGGCUUGCACCCAGCAUCCUGUAUAGUGCUGUAUCUGCUGAUUAAAGAGGGGCAUUCUGUUCCCUGGUGAU